AUGUUAACGAACAGAACUCCUGUUGAAGAUCUGAAGAAGUGGAAUCCCAGUCUUGCUGAUACUUCCCCUUGCGUCAUCAGUAAGGAGGAGAGACACUGUGUCAUGCGUCAAGAUAACCCGGAUGAAUACAAAUCAUCCAGAGCAACUGUGACUAGAAACGAUUCCACUCCGUCAAAGGCGACACCUAGCGCCACAUGCACUAGCCAGACGGAGGCUUCAACGACGAAGUCGGAACGGAAAACCACUCCAUCGCCCACUGCUGCACGUAUUAGAUACCUUCUCGCCAAGAUCGCUGACUGGCAACACUACAAUAGCCCGCAAUGA